UAAUUUCAGUUCAACCGCUUUAUGGAGGGCUCCAAUCAAAAUUUCGGCUUUGAUUAUAGGGUUUCUUCUCUUUCCCUAAACGAGGAUGCUGCCGGCAAUCGGAACCCGAAUUCUAUCCCGGAUUCUACUGUUGAGGGUCAAGGAAUUAAUUGUUCUAGAGAAUAUGAUAAUGGAUUAUCAAUGCCAACUAAAAGUAUGGAGGGGUUGGAUGAUAAGGAAAAAGAAGUUAAAGAACCGAAAAUCGACCUUAAAAAGACUGGAAAAUACUUCUUUUAUGACUCCCCUCUUGCUGAGGACACGGGGGUUUGGAUACCGGUCUCGGUUCCACCAAUGCUUGAAAGCGAUCAUGAACAAUGGGCCAAAGGUUUUCCUUCCGGUGGAGGUUAUUUCCCUGAAGGUGACAUGGGAUGGGGUGAGUUCCUUGCUGAAGAGAAGGAAUUGACCAUGUGGGAUGUGAUAGUCGAGAUGAUACUCGCUGCCCGUGGGAAAGUAAAUGCUUUAACUUCCAGUGAUAUUCAGCGAUGUGGAGUUUCGUGGUUAUCGAGUCAUUUGCUUGAGCAAGCUUGGCAAGAGAUGGCCCAGACGCUGAAUGAAGCGAAUAUGGGUAACGUGAAGGAAAUUCUUGAAGCGGAACCGACAAAGUGGUUGGCUGACAGUGCUGCUUCUGCUUGUAUGUUGUGUGGUGUGAGGUUUCACCCGAUCAUGUGUUCGAGACACCAUUGCAGGUUUUGUGGAGGAAUAUUUUGUGGUGAGUGUUCUAAAGGAAGGAGUUUAAUGCCCCAAAAGUUUCGUGUAACGGAUCCACAACGUGUCUGCGAUGUAUGUUGUGUACGGCUUGAGUCUGUCCAGCCAUACUUGAUGGACCAAGUUAGUAAUGCUGCUCAGCUGCCAACUCAUGAUCUGACAGACCUUAGUACUUUGAGAUCUUGGCUUAAUUUUCCCUGGGGACAGUCCAUGGAACAUGAGAUUUAUAAGGCAACAAAUACAAUUCGUGGUUAUAUUACAAAGGUUGGUACUUUGAAACCUGAGAAAUCGAUUCCGGACUCCAUCCUCCGAGAAGCAAAAGGCCUUGCCAUAAUCUCUGUUAUGAAAGUUGGUGUUAUGGUGACAUAUAAUAUCGGUACUGGACUUGUGAUUGCUCGUAGAGAGGAUGGCACAUGGUCUCCACCUUCUGCCAUUUCCUCAUUUGGUGUAGGAUGGGGAGCUCAGGCAGGGGGAGAACUGACAGAUUUUAUUAUUAUCUUGAGAACAAAUGACGCUGUUAAGACUUUUAGCGGCAAUGCACAUCUUUCUAUUGGAGCCGGUUUAAGUGCCGCUGUUGGUAUUGUUGGACGGACUGUGGAAGCCGAUGUACGAGCCGGCGAUGGUGGUUAUGCUGCUUGUUAUACAUACAGCUGUAGUAAAGGUGCUUUUGUUGGAUGUUCACUUGAAGGAAGCGUUGUCACCACUCGGGUAAGAGAGAAUUCCCGAUUCUAUGGCAGCCAGUCGAUGACUGCAUCAGAUAUACUUCUCGGGUCCAUUCCUCGACCACCAGCUGCUGCCAUUCUCUACCGAGCGCUUUCUGAUCUAUAUAACACACUAAGUUGAGCGCCCGAAGUUGGAAAUCAAACUAAUUGCUUCUAUAUUCGGUAUGAAGAAAAUCCAAUGGAGCAUGAGUCUUAAUAUAUCUUAUCUACGUUCUCUGUAAAUCAGCUAAUCUAAUAUCUCGUACUAUAUCAUCAUUUGCCUGUGUAAAAGUUUAUAUUGUAUAGGGGUUCUAGGUAUACCUAAAGGGCAGAACCUGAACCCGGUCUCGGACCUGGAUGUCGAAACCUGAAUGAAAAUGGAAAGAUUGACUUGUUAAUAUGAUGUGUAUGAUGAAGGAUAUUCAGAUAUUGUAUACAUUUCAACACAUUCUUAUAUU